AUGGCUACCUACAGCUGUGACACUGGAUUUUCUCUGAUUGGUAACACCACAAGGAAUUGCUUUGGAGAUGGCAGUAGCAUUAUUGGUGAUUUUGAUGGGUCGGCACCAUUGUGCGAAGUCUAUUCUGCUGACGCUGAUGGUUUGGGAAAUUAUGUGUUCAAUGUGACGGCUAACCACAGUUGUGACACCGGUUUUUUUCUGGUUGGUGACAGCUCAAAGACUUGCACUGGAGAUGGCAGUAGCAUUACUGGUGCUUUUGAUGGAGAGGCUCCAACUUGUGAACCUGCCAAGUGUCCUGCACUGACUGUGAUUAACGGUCUAAUCAGCUAUACUCCGGACAUUUCUGCUGACUUUGACGUUGGUACGCAAGCCUAUCAUGAUUGUGACUAUGGCUACACUCUGUCUGGAGCCACUGUGCUCACUUGUACUCAAGGCAACCCGAAUGACAUCACCGGUGUUUGGGAUCUACCUUUUCCUACUUGUGAUUUGGACCCUCCUGUGAUCACUUUGCAGCCGAUGAGUACAGGAGUGGGGGAGGGUGCUAGUGUCACUUUUAAUGUAUCAGCAUCUUCGGGGGAUGGUAUUCUCAACUAUCAGUGGCUGAAGAAUGGGUUUCAGAUACCAGGAGAAACAUCCUCCACUCUGGUACUCUCUUCUGUCAUGGAUGAUGAUGAGGGAGCUUAUAGUGUCAAUGUCACCAACAGCCUCUUGUCAACCUCAUCCGAUAUUGCUACACUGACAGUUGUCAUCACCUGCCCUCCGUUGACUAUUCCUUCCAAUGGUUCUGUAACAUACAAUUCUACUGCGGAUGAAAAUGGCAACUAUGCAUUUAGCGUGGUAGCUACCUACAGUUGUGACACUGGGUUUUUUCUUGUUGGUGACAACUCAACAACUUGCAUUGGAGUUAGAAAUAGCACUACUAUUGGUGUAUUUGAUGGAUUAGCUCCAAUCUGUGAAGCCAUAACAUGCCCACCACUUUCCAAUCCAUCCAACGGUUCUCUGUCUUAUUCGAAUGUGCCUGAUCAAAACAACAGCUACGGUUUCAAUGUCGAGGUUACCUACAGUUGUGAUACUGGGUUUGCUUUGGUGGGUAACAAGACAAGGACUUGCACUGGAGAUGGCAGUAGCACUAAUGGUACAUUUAGUGGAAGUGAUCCAACUUGUGAACGUGAGUGAGACUAAUAUGAUCUGUUUCAGCUUCUAAAGAAUUUGUCCUA